GUCGCCGCUGAGCUUACGAUGGCCGAGCAAGACGAGAAUGCGUACGAGAAGCUGUCGCGGGAGGUGCACCAGGCGCAGAUCACCGGCGCGAUACACCAAGAUUGGCUGGAGAACCCAUGCGGAUUGCUCUUGAAACCAGACUUUAAGCGCAAGAUGCAAAAAAUGGGGGCUGGAGGCAAGAAGUUGAUCCAAACGAGUUUGCGGGGCCUGCGGUGGCACUUGCCUGGCAACACUUACCGCAGUCGGUGGUUUGUCUUGGACGGGAUGAUGUUGCGCUACUUCCGUUCCAAGAGCGACGACCAAGAGCUCGGGUCCAUCCACCUCUCGUCGGUCAACGCCGUUCUGCCUAGCAGCAUUGCCGACGCGCCCGAGCACGCGUUGGACCUCGUCUGCGCUGACCGCAUCUACACCAUUGCCGCCACGACGCGCGAAGACAUGGUCCGGUGGGCCACCGUCUUGACCCUUGUCUUGCGCGGAGAAUACCAGCCCAAGAUGAUGCAGCGCCGCGAGUCCGCGGUUAUCCGAGGCAGCUCUGUGAUCCCUCCGCACAGUCGCCUGAGCUACAUCCGCCAGCCGUCCCAAAUCGCGAGCCACACGCCGUCUGCCAACUCGUUUCAUCCGGUGCUGGCGGCAUUCGACGAGGAGAUGGACGACCGCGAGCACGAAAUGGACGAAAAACUGCGGGUGUUGAGUGUUCGCGAAAAGAUCGUCACGGUGACCUUUGACUCCCCCGGCAGUUUGCACCUGUUGCUCCAAAGUACGAUGGACGAUGCGAUUGUAGUCAAGGGGUUCCACGAACCGGCAGAAGGGGGCGUGGGGCUAGCGGAAGCCACCGGCGCAAUCAAAGUUGGCGACUUGCUAGUGUGCAUCCAGGACCACUCGCUGACAUCCACCACAUCGUUCGACCAGGCGGUUCAGGAGAUUCAAGUGGCGUCGCGGCCGCUCACUCUUCGGUUUUCGCGCUUGGAAGUUCCCCCAACCAAGCACCAGCAGCGCGUGGCCCAGGGGUGGGUGUUGGCCAAGGAGCCAGCCACAACACGAUGCCGGACGAGGUUGCUGCAGUUGCAAGGGUCAAAGGUGCUGCUGUACAAGCCAGGCAUGCACUCGGGCCACUUGGACCACCCGUGCGUAGCCAUUUCCCUCGACGACGUGUCGGAUUUUCGAGUUGUGCACGACAAACGAAAGGCGCCUGGGGACGCCAAAGAAUUCGGCCUGACUUUGGAAGGCAAAGAGAUGAUGCUCACGUUUUACGUCCAGCGGCCGGCCGAGUUGUGGCACUGGCUGGACUUGCUGAAAAACGCGCCGCUGUUUGACAAAUCCGCCAAAACAUAUGCGACGAUUCCUGUCCAUCCAUUGACCAUCAUUGAACAACCGCCCAAGCGAACAACCAUUGUACUCGAAGGCGACGGCAUCAUGAAGCUGGGCGACUUAUCGCCGACAUUUGAACCGCGGACGCUUCAGCUGCACGCGUACGGAAAGCUCGCCGUGUACCGCGGCGACGUCCGCGUGGGCACGGUGCAGUGCGACACGAUCCAGGACAUUUCGUUGAGCAAAUUCCAAGGCCAGUGGUACUUGGAGCUGAUUGCGGUUUUGCCGGCCAGCGACGGUCACAAGUACCGGCGGGAAGUGGUGCUGCGCUUCGACUCGGAGCAGCAGGGCAUCAAGUGGACCCGCGCCAUCGAGCGCGUGGCCAAGCAGUGCCUGGGACCCGGCGAAGACAUUGACGUAACCAUCGAGACGGUCGACGAGUGGACGCCGCCGGGUCAGCCGCUCCAGAACGAUGUAUCCGACGCCACGUACGCCAGCCUCCAAGCCGAAUGGUCUGCCAGCCGACACUUGGGUGAAUUGAAACUUGAAGACAAGGCGGCGCUGACGCAAGGGUGGUUCUUUGUCAAGCAACCAGGUAUGGUCGGUCGAGAAGCGUAUCACUCGCGGUAUGUGGUGCUGCGCGAGCACUGUCUGUACUUGUACAAGUAUCAGCACACGUCCCCCCCAAACGAUGGCGCAACUAGUACAAUGUGUGCGUCGACGAUCGACUUGAGCGAAAUCCAAGACGUCGUCGACGGCAAUCCGUCGCUGGUCGAGACGAUGGAGCACACGAUCCAGCUGCAAACGGCGUCGCAUGUGGUGUUUACGUUGGUGGCGCUCACAUGUGCGCAAAAGAAUGCGUGGCUGGCGCUACUCGUGUGGACAUCCGACUACUACUGCGUCGACGACGACCAACCGUUGGCGGCUUUGAAGUCGGGGGCAGCUGCGACAACGCCAGACUCGGACCAGUACCUCCCCCGAUUAAGCUUCGAGUCCAACCCGCCAUCCCCUGUCGGGAAGGCGGCUGUGUGGGACGCCCCCGGGCACGUCCGGGGGUGGAUCAAACUCGACAGUCUAGACGUGUACGCGUGCAUCGUGCAGGGCGUGUUCAGCUGCUACGAGUCGGAAGAGGACAUGGACGCCGAGUGGGGCGACGCCGUGCACGCGAUCCCACUCGCCCAUGUCCGCCGAGUGUACGCCGACAACGACGACACGUCCCUCGUGGUGACGCUCGACGACGACGCGGCGGCGGUCCGGCUGACGUGCCGCGACAAGUGCCAGGUCAAGACGUGGAUGCUCGCCAUUUGCUCGUGCAGCCACUUGGUGCUGAGUACCCACGGUGGACGCCUCGAGAGCCAGCCGCCCCACGAAGGAUGGAUAUGGAAGCUAGACCCGCUCUUCCAGGUGCACCGCAAGCGGUUCUUUUGCCUGAAAAACCACGAGCUGGUCAUGUCCACAGCCAGCAGCGCCGCCGCCGACCACCGCGUGCUGGCGGUCGUGCCAUUGGACGCGAUUGUCAAGCUGUUCAUGUCCAAAGUCACGACCACGGGCAAGGACACGCCACUAGGCGAUUACUUUCAACUGACGCUCCAAUGUGACAAUGGCGCAGAUGACGACGACGACGAAGCGGCGGUGCAUACGCUGUCGCUGUCGUUCUUUGACGAGUCCGACAUGAAAACGUGGGCCACGGCCAUCUUCCACUGCUGCACCAACGCCACUACGACCACCCCCCACGGGUCUUCUGCUUCUUUAUCCUCCUCGACGACCAUCAAGCCCCCGACGUCCGUCGCCGUGUUCCCGCAGGAGCUCAUGAAGACGUCGCGGUUCCUAGAGUCCGAGGAUCGAUGGGAACCGUUUAUGCCGGGGCAGGCACGAGGAUGGCUGUACUAUCGGACAUCGUCCACCAAGCAGCGCCUUCGACGGCGGUACUUUGUUCAGUACGGCAGUGAACUGUCCAUCUAUAAGCACGAGUUGCUGAGCAACGAACCAUCGGCCAUCCGGUACGGCGUCCUCGACUGCCGCGCAUUGGUGGAUGUGCGCUUUAUCACAACCCAGUGCCCUGAGAACGCGCUCGCCCUCGAGUUUGCCGCUACGACGCUGGUCCUGGUCGCCGAGUCGGAUGCUGCUACGGUACGUAACCCCUACGUCGUUGCUUGCAAACAAUAGACAGACACAUUGGUGCUUUUGUUAGUUGGCGUGGCGCGCGCUACUGCUAGAUGUCAAGCGCACGUUCAACCCGACCGGCAGCCGCCGCACAGACCACGGCGGCGUGCUCAUCUCCCGAAGCAGCACGUUCCAGAACGAAAACGAAGCGUUGCUGCGCAACCAGAUCGAACAGAGCGUGCAAUUUGCCGCCAACAUGCACGAGUGGGACGGGUCCAAAUGGGUGGCCAACGUGAGUCGGUCUCGUCGAAAUCUUUGGUCUGAUGGAGGUUGAGUAGUACUUUGUCCUGACUGGCAGCCGGCUGCUCGUGUUUUCGCUGGCCGUGCACCUGUACGAUGAAGACCCGGAUGUGCUGUCCACGUACCCCACGACGCUCAUCACGUCCGUGCGCAGUGUCACAGACGACGACGGCGUGGGGGAUGUGUUGCAUGGACAAUCCCCCCCUCUGGCCAAGACGUCGUUCGUGUUGGGAUUUGGGCGUGAUGUGAACUCCAAGUUGAUCCUCAAGUGUGAAACCGUGGGUAUGUACGAUGAUGGAUAUUCAUGUGGACCGAUCGUUCGCUUUUACGUCGAGACUGAGGGUGUGAUGGAUGGAUGGAUGUAGACUUGUGUUUGCAGUUGAUGCGGCUACUCUGCCUCAGCAAUGGCAAGUUGGAGCUCAAGCAGAGUGCGGCGACGGGGUCCUGGGGCAGUGUGAACCGCAUUGCGACCAUGUCACGGCACAGCAGCUUCCUCAUGCCGCCAUCGACGUCGUCAUCCGCCGCUUUGCCCACGCUUGCCCACUUGUCCCUCGAAACAAACGGCACGUCAAAGAAGGACGGGACGGCAGCACCAAGUGGAGUGCGCCAAUCCCGCCGCGCUUCCAUGCAGAGGUAAGUCGCAUGUGUUGUGAAGGUAGUUUUGAUGGGGCGGCGGUCGGUAGGCGAACGUCCGAGCUGAUUCAGCGGCAGCGAAUGGCCAUCUUGCAAGGAUAGGCAGAGAGAGUACCGUGUAAUAGUCAAUGUAACGGUGUGCAGAAGAAGAAGCAUAUUCGCUUCUUCGUAUGGAUCUCCAUGAUGGCAUGCACAUCGGAGCUUGGAAGGCCAUGGUCGUGUAUAUUGACAGUGACAAUAUAUAUGACUUUUCAAUG